UCCUGGUUUGCGGUCGCAUGCGAGUGACGUCACGUUCUGUUACUAAGCAACAAAUAUCAACAAACUGGAUCCACAGCGAAGCGCCGGAAUGUCACAUUUUGGUUCUGAUCUGAAGGCAGAUGGACAUGGUGAAGUAUGGCUAGAUAUUAGACCAGAUACAAAGUUCAAGCAGUAUGGAUGGAGGUGCACAACCAAAGAGGACUCCUACUGCAAUAAGACUCUCAUUGGAAACUGGAAUCAGGAACAUUAUGAUCUGUGUAAACUGGCGGAAAGGAAACCAACGGUUUCUCAGUACGCUCACUACUACGAGACGUCAUACGGUGCUGAAUAUCUCAGGAACAAGGGCUCUGCGGGGAGGCAAGUUUUCAAGAGAGAGCCUCAUGUUUUUCCUGGACAUCAGCCUGAACUCAACCCACCGCAAUCACAAUCUCAACGGAAAUCCUGCUAUAUGAUGGACUAUGGUAGCUCUUAGCCAUCAUCACCAGAUUUUUGUCAGUCCAGAAUAAUAUGAAUUUAUAAGACACAUUACAGGGGUUGUUGUCUCACUUCAACAAACUGCAUUUAUUAUGUAGAGAAAGUUAAUACAAGGCACUUACUAAUGUAUUGUUAGUAUCCAUAUUGCUUCCUUUGCUGGCUGGAUUAAUUUUUCCAUCACAUUAUACACUGCUUGUUUCCAUGGUUACAACCACCCUGCAAUCCAGCAGUGGUGGCCGUGCUUGCACACUAUAGUAAAAAGCAUCGGCCUAUGCACGGUCCCAGCCAGCAGAGAGGCCAGCACUUUUUCCUAUAGUGUGCAAACACGGCCACUGUGGCUGGAU